AUGAGCGAAGCUCCGCCUGACAAGUCCGCCGCAUCUUACAGCGCAACACCGGGUACUCACCCCGAAAAGAAUUCUGAUGAGGAGUCAUCGCUCCAGACAGCUGUCGUUGACUUUGACGAUCAGUAUCCUCACCCAAACCAAUGGCCUAUUGCUCGACGCUGGGCCAUCAUUGUGCUCAUCACCAUCUUGAAUAUGCUGGUCAACCUAUCCACCACGAUCGUGGCCCCGUCGCUAGACAGAAUAUGCGCCGAGCUGGACAUGGAUUCAAAUAUCGAAGGACCGCUGACCAUGUCAGCAUAUAUACUCAUGCUUGCGCUGGGGCCGCUGCUGCUGGCGCCCUUUAGUGAGCUGUGGGGGCGUGUCCCUUUGAUCCACGCCGGGAACCUGAUGUACAUGGUGUUCAAUCUUGCCUGCGGGUUUGCGCAAAACAGGGCACAACUUCUCGCAUUUCGAAUCUUGUCAGGGUUUGGAAGUGGUGCAAGUCCCACCGUUGGAGUUGGAAUGGUUAGCGAUCUUUUCCCAGUCGAGCAGCGGGGCCAAGGACUUGCUGUCCUCAACAUGGCCUUCAUCCUCGCGACCCCAAUCGGUGCUAUCGUGGGCGGUUUCACCAGCUAUUCCGCAUCCUGGCGCUACGACUUCUACGCCACCUCUGCCGUGGCCGGUGUGUUAAUCGUCAUCAGCGCCUUUGUCUUCCGCGAGACAUAUCCCCCUGUUAUUCUUGGUCGCCGGAAGAAGCAGCUUCUCAAGAAUGAUCCUAAAGCAUUGUACGAUGACGAGCAGCGCACCCUCGCGGCCCUCUACACCAAGACCAUUAUACGCCCCAUUGAGUUCCUCACAACGCAGCCUAUUGUCAUGCUACUGUCACUCUACGCGGCCAUCAUCUACGGGACCACGUAUCUCAUCUUCUCGACCUUCCCGACACUCUGGGAACGGCACUAUGAAGAGCCCAAGAAUCUCGCGUCGCUGCACUUCAUCGCACCUGGAAUCGGCUACUUCAUUGGUAUCCAGAUCGGCAUGUUCUCCGCCGACCGCAUAUACCUCGCCCUCAAGCGACGGAACCAGAAUGAAGGACGGCCGGAAUUUCGCCUCCCACUGCUGGCCAUCAGUGCCGUGUGCGUGCCACCCGCGCUGUUCUGGUAUGGCUGGACGGCCGAGGCGAAGCUGCAUUGGGCGGUGCCCAACGUUGCCAUCGUAGUCCUGAUGUGCGGAUGUACUCUUGUCUUCCAAUGUGUGAUGGCCUACUUUAUCGAUACGUUCCCGCUGUAUGGCGCGAGUGCCAUGGCGGCGUCGUAUCUCGCCAGAGGUCUCUGUGCCUUCGGCUUCCCCUUGUUUGGGCCUUCCAUGUACGAACGCCUCGGCUACGGGUGGGGAAAUAGCCUUCUGGGCUUCCUGGCCUUGGCCGUAGCGGUACCAGUGCCCUUGGUCCUAUGGUUUUAUGGGGAGCGGUUGCGGAGAGUCAGCAGUUAUACCAUGUAGUUCAAGGGAGACAAAGAGUGAUUCCAGAUAAGCUGAAC